CGCAUCCGCAAUGCAUAAUGUGAUACGGGCUUAACGGUGUGACGAUCUAGCGGUAAUCAUAUAUCAUAUUUACGUUUAUGCGUGCAAAGUGUGUAUAUAUACUUAUUUUAAUGAUGAUUUAAUAGCGCGUUGUGCGGUUAAUUGAUCGGUUAAAUAUUUCUUCGCGAUUAACUAUAUAUCUUGCAUAGCGGACACAAGAGCUUAAUUUACGAAAUACUGUUAAAAGUAGUGUGAGAACUUCGUACCCCGGUAGUCCGCCAUUAUCGCCGUUUGAGCGGCGUAUGGUCGGCGUACCAUUGACUUUUCUUUAGAGUUGGCCUUGUUUUUCGGGUGCUUGCCGAGAGUGCAAUUAGGAAAAAUUGAUCAUCGCUAAUCAUGGCUCGGAGCCGAAAGGACAGCACGGGUAAGAGCGACUCUGAAGCUACAGACAAGGAGAAUAAGAAGGAGAGAGCACGAGAAAAGGAACGAAAGAAACGGGCAGCAUCUUCUUCUAGCAGCGGAAGUAGCUCGUCAGACAGCAGCUCUGGGUCUUCGAGUUCUAGUAGUGGCAGUAGCUCCAGAUCAAGUUCAACUUCCAGUAGCUCGUCUAGCAGUUCAGCUAGUUCUUCAGGUAGUUCCAGAGACCGAGGAAGAAAACGCAGUCGUAGCAAAAGUGUUGAUGCUUCGCGAAGGCAUGAUAAUAAAGAAAAGGAGAGGGAUAAGGAGAGAGAACGAGACAGGGAUAGGGAUAGAGAUCGCGAAAAGGAGAAGAAAAAGGGAAGCAACUCUAUUCCUGAAAAACCUAAACCUAAAGGACGCUCUAGAUCUCCUUCCCCACGUAGAAAGCGUAGAGAACGUUCGCCGAUUCCUAGACCAACAAAAAUACAUAUUGGCCAUCUAACACGGAAUGUUACUAAAGAGCAUGUCAUGGAAAUAUUUUCGGCAUACGGUCAGAUAAAAAUGGUCGACUUUGCGAUGGAUAAACUUCAUCCUAAUCAAGGAAGAGGAUUUGCAUACGUCGAAUUUGAUACUGCGGAUGAAGCUGAAAAUGCUAUGAAACAUAUGGAUGGAGGGCAGAUAGAUGGUCAAGAAAUUACGGCUGCUCCAGUAUUAUUGCCGAAACCUCGACCGCUGAUGAUGCGACGCAUGUCUCCCGGCAUGGGACGACGUAUGCCACCACGAUGGAUAGGUGGUGGCAGAAAUACUCCGCCACGUUAUCGCAGACGUACUCCACCCAUGAAUCGCCGUAGAAGUCCACGACCACCACGACGCCGAAUAAGGACUCGAUCGCGAAGCCCACCUGGGAAUCCACGACAUCGACACCGUCGUUAUACAAGAUCCAGCACUAGUAGCUCCCGAUAGUUUUUCAUCGCAUUGUACAUACAUUGUACAUUUUUUUGAACUUAAUAUGACCACAACAUUGUUGUAUGGUCAUGUUAUCAUAUUAAGUAAUACAUGUAACAAUUACAUCAGAUUAUAAAUGUGUUUACCAAAUCAUGGCAAUCAUGGACUCGUUUAUGAAUAUCACAAUUUCAUGUUUCGUCGAAUAAGCACUUUUGAAAUAUACUAAUUUAACAUGUAA